UUGAUAGGUAUGACAGGUAAAACGUAGGAAUGGUGAUGCCAAGAUAAAAUAACUUUUGUACAUAAAUGUUUAAUUUUAUAGGAAAUGUACGAAAUGAUAUUUCUGAAGAGAUUAUAGAAAUCCUUGAUAAUAUUUUAAUUAGAAGUCUUAGUUUAUACGAUAAAAUCACCGGCAAUUUAAUGCUCAUCCUACGAACACAAUUUCAGAAACCUAGAUGUGGUGACCAAUUUUUGGUAUGAGAUCUAUUUUUGAUAAAUGAGUUAGUGUAACUUAUACAAAAUUAUUUGUAAGAGUUAUUAGAAAAUUAUGGAUGAAACCCCCGACGACGUCACUGAAACAACAGAAACAACAAAUGCUGAUGAUUUAAAAGAAGCUGAUCCGGAGAAAGUUGGUGAAGCGGAGAAAGUUGGUGAAGAAGGGGUUCGUGGCGAAGAAGUUGGAGGAGAACAUUUGGAGGGCGAACAUCUCGAGGGUGAACAUGUUGAGGGUGAACAUGUCGAAGGUGAAGAGUUAGAAGGUGAACAUGCAGAAAAAAAGAAAGGAGAGAUAUUAGGAGAAGGUGAGGAAUUAUUGGGUGAAGAGGUAGAGGGAGAAGGGGAGGAAACUCCUGAAAAACAAGAAGAAAAAGUAGAAGAGGUUGUCGAAGAGGAAGAAGUUUAUGUCGAAGAGCCCCCGCCUGACCCAACAGCACCUUUUAAUUUUAGCGAUUCUAAAGAAGCUUUAAAAGAACCCUUCCAACUCAGACCUGAUCAACUUGCAGAAGUCGAACAGCUUUGGGAUCUCUAUCAAGCAUAUACUCCUUCGUAUACAGAUAUUGAUAAUUACAUUACAGAAAAAGAAUUGCUCUAUAUGCUGAAAUGUUUAAUGCUUAUGACAGUUACAGAAGAACAGUUUUAUGAAUUGAUAGAAUAUUGCGUAAGACCACCACAUCCGAAAGGGCACAUUACUUUUGAUCAAUUUGUCAAAAUGGUUACUAUUCGGCAAAGAGAUUUUCCCGUUGAAGAUGAAUUACGAUCGGCGUUACAAGUUUUCGAUCCAGAUAAGACUGGUUUAGUAGACAGAGAGAAUUUGAGAGAAGUUCUUCUCAAACAAGGUCAUAAAAUACCACAGAAGUUGGUAGAUAGUCUUAUUAAGGAGGUGGACAUGAGUAAUGAUGGUACACUAGGAAUUGAGGAUAUUGUUGGAACCAUGUGUAUUGAUUUGAAUAAAGAAGAUUUGAUGAUGCUGAUGGCGUCAUUGAACCCCGACCAAAAUGAACCUCCACCUGAAGAUGAAGACGUAUAAACCGAUUCUUUAGCUAUUCUUAUAAUACGCAAUGUUAUAAUAUGCAACUGCCUAAUUAAUAACUUGAGUAAACUGUUACAAUAUUAAUAA